AUGGUUGAUUUAGUUAAAUUUAUUUUAGCAAUUAAUUUGAUUUCUGUGCCUGUUGGUUCAAUUGUGUUUGAGUGUGACUGGGUGUUAGCCGUUGUGAUUGAUAUUCAUCAGUCAAAAAAUUUUGAUUCGGGUUCUCUACUCUUGAUUGGUGAGCCUACACAUCUAUCAUCUUCUUUAUCUCUUCGUGCAAAUGCCCUCCAAAACACCGAAAAUAAUCAGAUCGUUCAAAAUGAUUUAGAUCAGGUACAUACUGAUUUACAUGAUGGACGAAAUGAUGCCAAUAGUGUUAUUAAUAAUGAGAUUGUUGAAAACGAUUUACAAAACAGACAAAAUAUCGAUCACGAUAAUGCUAAUAAUGAGAUUGUUGAAAACGAUUUACAAAACAGACAAAAUAUCGAUCACGAUAAUGCUAAUAAUGAGAUUGUUGAAAACGAUUUACAAAACAGACAAAAUAUCGAUCAUGAUGAUGCUAAUAAUGAGAUUGUUGAAAACGAUUUACAAAACAGACAAAAUAUCGAUCAUGAUGAUGCUAAUAAUGAGAUUGUUGAAAAUGAUUUACGAAACAGACAAAAUAUCGAUCAUAAUGAUGCUAAUAAUGAGAAUGAACGAGAUGAAAAUAGACCAUUUUCUCAUGAAGUAGAUGGGAUUCAAGUAGGAGAUAACAUCGAUCGUUCAAAUCCUCGGGUUUGGACUCACUUACAUGGAGCAGUAUAUAUCAAACAAGCAAAACUUCGUCGUCUUUGUCUGGAUGGGAAAGCUGAAAAAAGGAACUUAGCCAGAUCAGUCAGUCGACAACUUAUGAACAUGCUGGUACCAAGAGACGUACUAGCUGUCCAUUCGUUGUCUGGCAAAAGUUCCCCAGCUUUUCCAGAUAAACCCCCUUUACCGCGAAUUGAUUCACGGAUUACUGAAGCGAUUUUUCAGUAUAUCAAAAAAGAAAUUAUGCCCAAUGCAGUAAGAGCAGACUGCAAUGCUGGCAUUACUGGCAUCUGUGCUGAUGCAGCUAAAACUUGCAGACGACGUCGUAAUAGAAAUGCCAAUUAA